UACGAUGCCGGAGCGGAGAUCAACAACCCUUUUUUACAGUACAAUAAUAAUUAUUGUACUGGGAAAAGGUUGAAGAUCUCUGUGUAGGUUUCUGUAGCGUCGACCGCGUAGACUUGUAGUGUAGAGAAAACGAGAUUUCUGGCUGCUGUCAUAUCUUCAGGCAAGGUUCCAUCCCUCAGAAUCUGAGCUAUAUGUACACAUCUCUCGCUCCCGUCUUAACCGCAGAGCAGUAUAGUAUUUGUUUAGGCAGAUAAACAACACAGCUAAAAGAUGGGAAUUUCAUUAAUCCUAUGAUUGCACGCGGCUCGCGUUCUAUUCGCCCACGCUAUCUUCUGCGCUCGGUACGACUAUGACGUCGACUGUGAUCGACGUCACAGCUUAUCUUGUCCUAUGGACCCCGCCGCUCGGCCACCCUCGGUAUUUAUUGUGACGCUGCCGUCUCUACGUGAGCAGUAGAGAGCAGGACCGAGAGCAGAGAUGACGUUCGAGGAAGUAAACCUUCAGAAUUCGGAUGCAUCGCUCAUUCCGGGGGAAGUGCUUUCCGUAAGCGAUGCCGGAAGCGGAUACGAGCGAUGUGAUGCAAAAAUCUACAUAUGCGCCACCAUGUGGCACGAAACAGAAGCAGAGAUGGAGGAGCUGGUGGAGUCCUUGCUACGAUGUGAUGCGGACCCGUUUGUAAAUGGUUACAACUUCAACUCUAACGACAAAUCCAAAGAGACGUACCAACUUAAAGCUCAUAUUGUAUUUGACGAUGCCUUGGUGCCUGCGAAAUGCGUUCCGGGACAUUCUACGAUUAAUUGCUAUGCUCAGAGUCUACUCAACGUGCUCAACCGGCUAGUGAAUCACCCAAUCACAGAUACACGAACAGUGGAGCGGAACGGCGUAUGGUCAUUGCAUCGUAUGCGCGCUCUACCUAACGGCAGCACCUUGUAUCUGCAUCUCAAAGACAAAACUAAAGUUCGUAUAGGAAACGAUGGAGUCAGGUUUAGUGCUGUGGUUCCAAGAGGUUGA